UAGAAGCUUGCUGUCCUUUGAAGUUGAAAGACAAGCAGAAGCUCCACCUCUUUCCCUACAGGGCCAUCUAGAUGUCACCGCUUUCUUCUUACGAAGAAAAUUAGCAAACCUCUCAAAAACAAAUUUCUCCCAGCCAAAUAGAAAUGAUCAAAUUGAUUCGGUAGCAACACGGCAUGGGAGGUAAAAUAGAGUCACACCUUGCCACACUCGAAAACAAACUUAGGCCAGGGAUCUAUUUAGCGAGGUAAGGGCGGAGCGAUAAAAAUCGCGCUGGGAUCAACGGCAGCUGCGUACUUCGUAUUUCCGUCUCCCUCCCUCUACCCGCUGCCCCCUCCACCCGACUCCGCAGUACAAGCCGUCAUGGCGGCUCGGCUGUUAAGCUUGUAUGCUCGCCGCCUGUCAGCAGCGGCGGCUGUACGUGGACUUCCAGCUGCCCGCGUUCGCUGGGAAUCCUCCAAGGCUGUAAUCGCCCCGUCCGGUGUGGAGCGAAAGCGGCAACGAGAACCGACCAUGCUGUGGCAGGAGGACCCAGAACCCGAGGAUGAAAACGUCUACGAGAAGAACCCUGACUUUCAUGGUUAUGACAGUGACCCUGUAGUGGACGUCUGGAAUAUGAGAGCUGUCUUCUUCUUCGGUUUUUCCAUUGUCCUGGUCUUUGGUACCACCUUUGUGGCUUAUUUGCCUGAUUACAGGAUGCAAGGGUGGGCCCGACGAGAAGCUGAGAGACUUGUGAAAUACCGAGAAGUCAACGGCCUCCCCAUCAUGGAAUCCAACUACUUUGAUCCCAGUAAGAUCCAGUUACCAGAAGAUGACUGAUUGAGCAGGACUUAAGAAGCAUCACUCGUCCACCCCCUGCCUGUUAUAUUCCUGGUUCCUCAGGACAACUUAUUAAAGGAAUUGAAAGUA